AUGGCGAGGGAGGCACAGGUACUAGCAGCACCCACAGGGGAGAAAUGGGGCGCCGACUCCAUCGUACCACGUCCCCCACUGGUACCUCACACCAACCAGGCGCCGACUCCAUCGUACCACGUUCCCCCACUGGUACCUCACACCAACCAGGCGCCGACUCCAUCGUACCACGUUCCCCCACUGGUACCUCACACCAACCAGGCGCCGACUCCAUCGUACCACGUUCCCCCACUGGUACCUCACGCCAACCAGGCGCCGACUCUAUCGCACCAAUGCCCCCACUGGUACCUCACGCCAACCAGGCGCCGACUUCAUCGCACCACGCCCCCACUGGUACCUCACGCCAACCAGGCGCCGACUCUAUCGUACCACGUCCCCCACUGGUACCUCACACGAACCAGGCGCCGACUCCAUCGCACCACGCCCCCACUGGUACCUCACACUAACCAGGCGCCGAUUCCAUCGCAUCACGCCCCACUGGUACCUCACACCAACCAGGCACCGACUCCAUCGUACCACGUUCCCCCACUGGUACCUCACACGAACCAGGCGCCGACUCCAUCGUACCACGUCCCCCCACUGGUACCUCACACGAACCAGGCGCCGACUCCAUCGUACCACGUCCCCCCACUGGUACCUCACACCAACCAGGCGCCGACUCCAUCGUACCACGUUCCCCCACUGGUACCUCACACCAACCAGGCGCCGACUCAAUCGAACCACGUACCCCCACUGGUACCUCACGCCAACCAGGCGCCGACUCUAUCGUACCACGUCCCCCACUGGUACCUCACACCAACCAGGCGCCGACUCCAUCGUACCACGUCCCCCACAGGGACCUCACACCAACCAGGCGCCGACUCCAUCGCACUAAUGCCCCCACUGGUACCUCACACCACCCAGGCCCCGACUCCAUCGUACCACGUCCCCCACUGGUACCUCCCGCGAACCAGGCGCCGAUUCCAUCGUACCAAUGCCCCACUGGUACCUCACGCCAACCAGGCGCCGACUCAUCGUACCACGUCCCCCACUGGCGCCGACUCCAUCGCACCACGCCCCACUGGUACCUCACACCAACCAGGCACCGACUCCAUCGCACCACGCCCCACUGGUACCUCACACGAACCAGGCGCCGACUCCAUCGCUCACGCCCCCACUGGUACCUCACCCGAACCACGCGCCGACUCCAUCGUCCCACGUCCCCCACUGGGACCUCACCCCCACCACGCCCCGCCCCCAACGUACCACGGUCCCCCACUGGUACCUCACACGAACCAGGCGCCGACUCCAUCGUACCACGUCCCCCCACUGGUACCUCACACCAACCAGGCGCCGACUCCAUCGUACCACGUCCCCCACUGGUACCUCACGCCAACCAGGCGCCGACUCCAUCGUACCACGUCCCCCACUGGUACCUCACACCAACCAGGCGCCGACUCCAUCGUACCAUGUCCCCCACUGGUACCUCACACCAACCAGGCGCCGACUCCAUCGUACCACGUCCCCCCACUGGUACCUCACACCAACCAGGCGCCGACUCCAUCGCACCAAUGCCCCACUGGUACCUCACACCAACCAGGCGCCGACUCCAUCGUACCACGUUCCCCCACUGGUACCUCACACCAACCAGGCGCCGACUCCAUCGUACCACGUUCCCCCACUGGUACCUCACGCCAACCAGGCGCCGACUCCAUCGUACCACGUCCCCCACUGGUACCUCACACCAACCAGGCGCCGACUCCAUCGUACCACGUCCCCCACUGGUACCUCACACCAACCAGGCGCCGACUCCAUCGUACCCCACUGGUACCUCACGCCAACCAGGCGCCGACUCCAUCGUACCACGUUCCCCCACUGGUACCUCACGCCAACCAGGCGCCGACUCUAUCGUACCACGUCCCCCACUGGUACCUCACACCAACCAGGCGCCGACUCUAUCGUACCACGUCCCCCACUGGUACCUCACACGAACCAGGCGCCGACUCCAUCGUACCACGUCCCCCACUGGUACCUCACACUAACCAGGCGCCGAUUCCAUCGUACCACGUCCCCCACUGGUACCUCACACCAACCAGGCACCGACUCCAUCGUACCACGUUCCCCCACUGGUACCUCACACGAACCAGGCGCCGACUCCAUCGUACCACGUCCCCCCACUGGUACCUCACGAACCAGGCGCCGAUUCCAUCGUACCACGCCCCACUGGUACCUCACACCAACCAGGCGCCGACUCCAUCGUACCACGUUCCCCCACUGGUACCUCACACGAACCAGGCGCCGACUCCAUCGUACCACGUCCCCCCACUGGUACCUCACACCAACCAGGCGCCGACUCCAUCGUACCACGUCCCCCACUGGUACCUCACGCCAACCAGGCGCCGACUCCAUCGUACCACGUCCCCCACUGGUACCUCACGCCAACCAGGCGCCGACUCCAUCGUACCAUGUCCCCCACUGGUACCUCACACCAACCAGGCGCCGACUCCAUCGUACCACGUCCCCCACUGGUACCUCACACCAACCAGGCGCCGACUCCAUCGUACCACGUCCCCCACUGGUACCUCACGCCAACCAGGCGCCGAUUCCAUCGCACCAAUGCCCCCACUGGUACCUCACGCCAACCAGGCGCCGACUCUAUCGUACCACGUCCCCCACUGGUACCUCACACUAACCAGGCGCCGACUCCAUCGUACCACGUCCCCCACUGGUACCUCACACUAA